ACCCAGAAAACAAAAACAUAAACACUCCCCCCAAAAACUAUAGCUGCUGCUGCUACGAGCCAGAACAGUGACGACUGAGUUGAGAGAAAUUAACGACGGCGGAUCGAGGGGAAUUGGUCCAAGGAGAUCCAGAGAAGAGAGAGAGAAAAGAUGAGCAGAGACGAGAGGAGGUGGAGGUGGGAGUAAUAGCAACAACAGCAGUGGCGGUGGGAGCAAGGAAGUGGUAGCUGUAGUAGUGGAGGAUCAUGAUGAAGAUGAGCACGAGCAUGCCCGGUUUUAGGUUCCACCCCACGGAGGAAGAGCUGGUCGAGUUCUACCUUCGCCGUAAGGUUGAGGGCAAGCGCUUCAACGUUGAACUCGAUCAUUACUUUCUUGGACCUUUAUCGCUACGAGCGAUGGCGGCGAUAGGGGAGAAGGAGUGGUUCUUCUAUGUGCCUCGGGACAGGAAGUAUCGGAACGGGGACAGGCCGAACACCUCCGGCUACUGGAAGGCGAGGUCCAUCGGCCUGAAGAAAACCCUAGUGUUCUACUCCGGGAAGGCACCGAAAGGGAUCCGGACCAGCUGGAUCAUGAACGAGUACCAACGACACACAACGCUACCAGAAGGUGUGCUUUACCUUCCUCCCUUAAUUUAAUUUGCUUAUAUAUAUGCACUGGAUCCUCUCGUCUUUCUUCCCCUAGCUAGCUGAUUAAUCAUCAUAAUUACUAUACCUAAUUGUUCUUAAUUAUGUGAUGCUCUUGAUUCCUUCUUUUCAUCUCCAUAACUUAUCAUCAUAUACACCAUUUUUUUUCCGGUACGAAGAUCAUAUAUGAUUUUUUAUAUGUCCUUCAUCAAAUUAAACACUCCAACCCUAGCUACCUACAUGUAUAUAUAUAUGAAGCCUAAAUACCCACACAUACAUACAUGUCCCUUCUUAAGAAAAUUCGAAAUUUUCU